UCUGGCCCCUCGGUCCCCGGGCCGGGGAGGCGGCCGGCUGGCAGGGCCGCGCGAUGUCGCACGGCGCUGGGCUCGUCCGCACCACGUGCAGCAGCGGCAGCACGUUCGGACCCAGGGCUGGCGGGGGACAGCAGGGCGCGAGCCCUUCGGAGGGUCUGCUGGACCCAGUCUACCCCCGCACCCAUGGGGCCCUGCUGAAAGUGGCGCAGAUGGUCACGCUGCUGAUUGCCUUCAUCUGCGUGAGCAGCUCUCCGUGGACCUACUACAGUGCCUUCAGAUACUUCGAAGUGGUCACCAUUUGCAACUUCAUCAUGAUCCUCGCCUUUUACCUGGUCCAUCUCUUCCGCCUCUACCGCACGCUCACCUGCAUCAGCUGGCCCCUGUCGGAACUUCUGCACUAUUUAAUCGGUACCCUGCUCCUCCUCAUCGCGUCCAUCGUGGCGGCCUCCAAGAGUUACAACCAGAGCGAGCUGAUAGCCGCAGCGAUCUUUGGUUUCGUGGCCACCUUCCUCUGCCUGGCGAGCGUGUGGCUGUCCUACAAGAUCUCUUGUGUGACCCAGUCAGCAGAUGCAGCCGUCUGAGGACACCACAGGCUCCGGGUCUGCAGGAGGCCCCGCGGGACGUGCAGCCCCGCAGACGGGAGGAUCCAUGCGCCGGCGCCCGUAGGAAAGACUUCUGAACCUGUGUCCUGUGCCAAAGUGCCGCCCGGGGCUGGGGGGCACAGGAGGAGGCCUUCACCGUUCUCCUGGGCUCCUGAGCUGCCCCCAGCCUCUCUCCGCAGCCUGAAGAGUCUCCCUCCCCGCCCCGCCCCGCCCCCCGGGGAAGGAGAAGCAGCCUCCAGGGAAACCCGGCCUCUCAUCCCCCUCCUGCUUCUGAAACUGCCUCAGGAACAGUGCCUCACGCACCCCACACAGCGGGGGUUUCUGAACCCUGCAUCACUCCCGCCCCUCGUCCCUGGGGGGGUGAAGCUGCCUUAAGCCUCUUUGGAGGAACGAAGCCCUUUCCUAAUUUAUCUGGCUUGGGAACCCGGUCUUGACGACGCCCCGAUGCCCUCGUUCUCACAGCCAGGCGAGCCUGUACAGGCGCUGCGGUCAGCCUGUCCCCAAAGAUGAGAUCUCGGCCUCCUUUCCCGACUCUGCCUUCAUAACCCGUGUGUGUGUGUGUGUCUGUGUGUGUGCGCGAGCGUGUACGUGUGUGUUUUAAAUAAAAUAUUGAUUGACCAAUG